AAUAAUUUUAUUUUUUGCAAAAGCAAAACUAAUAAUAUGAGUUCAUAAAAAAUGUGAAGCUUAAAGUGUAUCGCAGCCAUACGAAACGAACAAUAACAACUGUUCACUGCUCAUCUUCCAGGAAGAAUAAUGAACCACGAAUAGUGUGUGUUCAUCAAUGGCGGCAACAUCCUCACUUUCCUUCUCCUCCAUUUCAUUCCCUCGAUUUCUCCAUAAUCCUCAACACAAUCUUCUCUUUUCUCACCAUCAUCCUUCACUUCAUCAAAAUCUUCCUACUCUUCAAGCUUCUCGCCGAAAUUCCUCUCAAGAAAACGAUGAUUUGAUUAAUGAUAGUCGUAAAUGGAAUGGAUUCGAUUUCUAUGAAUUCGAAGAUGAUGAUGAUGAAGACGAUGAUGAGGAUAAAGAAGAAGAUCGAAGUUUGGAUUUGUUGAUUAGGUUUGUAGAAAAUAUAUUUCGUAAAGUGUCUAAACGAGCUCGUAAAGCUGUUCGAUCAGUUCUUCCUGUUGCUAUCUCUACAAAAUUAGUUGGGUUUGCUGUCAAUGGACUGAUAAUAUUAUCAUUUUUGUGGGUGUUGAAGGCUUUUCUGGAGGUCAUUUGUACUCUCGGAAGUGUUGUAUUUGUGAGCAUUUUACUUAUACGUGGGGUUUGGUCUGGAGUAUUGUACUUGCAAGAAGGUCGCAGCCGUUACAUGAAUGGAUUUGAUGAUUAUGAUCAAUCUGCAUGGAACAGAACUCAGCCGGUAACUUAAGGUCUUGGCUGCUUUUCCAAUUCAUUAAAUGUUACACUCUAGAAUUCAUACACACUCCUGUAGACAAUAAAAAAAAAAAAAAAAUCUAUACUCACCAUCUACAAUAAUCAGUCUUUAUGAAGAGCCCUUUUAGGGUUUUUGUUGGUGUAAUCUUUGGGUAAGAUCUCAGUAGACACAUGAUGCCGGUGCUGCAAUACCUUCCUCAAUCAUUUUUUAACGAUGGAAUUUCCUAAACAGGAUGAACUUAGCUGAAACUUUUUAGGUUUGAUACCCCCAACAUGGGAAAAGAUUAUCGACUAUCGAUUUAUCUCCCUCCAUACAAGGAAAAGAUUAUCAAAUGCCUGAGACUCGGAAAUUUGGGAUUUAUUGUGCAUUUAUUCAAUACUAGUUGGUGGGGCGCAUGCGGACCAAGAAAUUCUAUUUUCUUAAAAAAUUUAAUUUAAAGUGAAAUAGUUUACAUGUAAUACAAUAAUGAACUAAACAAUAUCCAAACAUCAUUUUAUGAAGUAGACAAGCUGUCAACACGAGCUUGAAUAUAUUGAACUUACAAAUUGAGAAUUA